CUGAUCAUUUUUCCUUUAAUUGGUUCCAUCUCUUCCGUCUUCUUUCUCGGUUUUGCGUUGAUCAGGUUGAAUAUCCUUCUUUUUAUAGUUCGGAAGCUCCAUCGCCGCAUGAUAUACCCUCUACAACCUGAUAGAUCGAUCGAACUCGUCUCUCGGUUUGGGCACCGGUCAGGGAAUUAGGUGCGGCAUAUAUCGAUGCCUCGUACGGUUUCUAGAUCACCUUCAAGCAGGCGGUGGCGUUCACCCUCGCCAGUUAGUCAUAGGUACAGCAGCAGCAGGAGAAGCAGACGAGAUCGGAGCAGAUCUCCAUAUUCAUAUAGGAGAAGAAGUCCAUCUCCUUCCCCGAGAUGGCGCAAAAGCCGUUCACCCACUCCUAGGAGAAGAAAAAGUCGUUCCCCAUCUCUUAGGAGACAUAGAAGACAAAGAAGUAGGAGCAACACCCAGUCUCCCAUUAAGAAGUCCCCAAGUCCAAGUGUUCGGUCAAUUGAGCUCACGAAUUCCAUUGAGAAACUAAGAAAGGAAGAAGAAGAGAAGAAAAGGCGUCAAAAAGAAGCAGAAUUGAAAUUGUUAGAAGAAGAAACUGCUAGAAGAGUUGAAGAAGCUAUCAGAAAAAUGGUUGAAGAAACUUUGAACUCUGAGGAGGUCAAAUUGGAAAUCGAGAAGCGGAUUGCCGAUGGUCGAAAGAAGCUUCUUGAGGAGGUUGAUGCCCAACUUGAGAGAGAAAAGGAGACAUUUCUUACUGAAGCUAGGAAAAAGGCGGAGCAAGAACGCAGAGAAAGAGAGGAGUUGGAUAAAAUGUUGGAGGAGAAUAGUAGGAAGGUCGAAGAAUCUCAGAGGAGAGAGGCCCUGGAACAGCAACAGAAAGAGUUAGAGCGUUACCAAGAAUUGGAACGGCUCCAAAGACAGAAGGAAGAAGCCAUGCGGAGGAAGAAACAUGAAGAGGAAGAGGAGAGGGCAAGCCAGAUGAAACUUUUGGGUAAAAAUAAAACUCGUCCCAAGCUCUCCUUUGCAAUUGGGCUGAAGUAAAUAGGCCUGCUAAAAAUUUUCCAGCUGAACUAAGUUUCUGUAAUUGGCUGUAAUACUUUAGCCUUUGUUUUUGCCCCUGUAUUGAUUGAGGAAAAAAAAAAAAAAGAAAGGUUCUGCUUCCUUUUUCUUGGUCUGUAUAAUCUAUGGAAUACUUUGGUGCCAAAUUUUAAUCAAGUCAUUAUCUGCAA